AUUCUCAAACCUAGAGGAGACAAGAACGUUUUUAAAGUCAAACGAGAAAAUCGACAAACUCAGCUCAAUAAAAAACUCUUGUUUUGUUCUACACUAGCCUAGUUUUUAUACGUUCUAUUCCAACACAGACAUUCUUCAGACGGCGACUAUUCAGCGGUUGAGACAAGCGUAAAGAAGCGCACCUAUCCUCUGCUUCACCUACAGACACGUAGACUCGAUAAUGAAAGUCUACGCACAAGAUUCGCUGAUCCUACCUCAGCAUAGUUACCAAGUGAUCCAAGACACAAUGACGGUCGAGUCGCAUGGAUCAGUGCGGGUUCUGGGUCCAAUCCUAGCUCGGGGCAACAUUUGGAUCCAACCAAAAGGCUCCAUGCUGGUCAGCCGAGACGGCCAGCUGACCAUCCAAGGGUCCCUCUCGCUCCUCGGUACCCUGUCGGUAGAGGGUAGCCUGACAGUGCGGGGUAGCCUGAUGCUACACAGCUACCUGAUGGUGGACGGCACGGUGAGCGUAAUGGGGCCCCUCACUGUGUGCGGUAUCCUGAUCAUUGGAGGCGCCCUCACGGUACAAGGUCACAUGACCAUAGAGGCAGAAGGCUCCGUCAUAGUGGAUGGCACAUUAACAGUUCAAGGUCGACUCAAUGUCAGGCCGCGAGGUCAGCUUAAUGGACGACCGCCAGCCACCUUAAAUGUUCAAGGUCAUUUCAUGGAAUUUCCGGGCCAACAGGAGCAGAGUUUACCAAGCAGCCAUUCUAAGUUAGGUCUCGCAGGGAUGUGUAGGGGUGGGGCCGACAGGGGCGGGUUCAACAGGGACGGGUUCAACAGGGGCGGGUUCAGUACGACUGUUUACACCGACUGACACUAACGACACCAACGACAAAUCGAUGACAGUGACAGAAAACGACUUAAACAACGUUUUUACUUUUAUUAUUUGUUUACUUAUAUUUUAUACUCAGUUUAAAUAAAAUUUUACA